AUGCAGCCUGCUCCAUAUCGUCUCGCCCUUGCCCUUCUGAUGCUUCCCCUGACAACCAAGGUCGUCGCCAUUCCCGCAAUCACCUCUGCGCAUGUGACCAACCCAGGCUCGACAGCUACCAAACUCGAAAGUAGGCCCAUCGGGCCCGAAAUCGUAGAUAGUCCGACGCACCACAAUGAGCAUACCAACACCGGUUUUGACGAUCUCCCGGAGCUGGGUGUUGGUCUGGAGACGCGCGACAGCUUCUGCGGCCUCUAUGUCAACUGGAAAAACAACUGGGACGAAGGUGGCCGUCGUUAUCGAGUCAUUGCCAGAGCCGUGACCUUUGGUCUCGGCCAGCCACGGGAGCCACCAAAGAUGAUCGAAGACUGGGCGUUCAAGUGUCGCUCAAUCCCGAACGAGGGCUGGGAGCACAACGCCCAAGCGUGGUUGAGAGCGCCCGGCUCGAACCAGGCAGCAUGUGACAUCACAUUCGUGCACGGUCCGCUCGGCCAUGACCAGUAUCUCGCCUGGCACAAGGCAGUUGGCGAUCAUUGGCGCUCAUUCUACCCCGAAUGUUUCGUGGAGCAGCAGCUUUGA